AAAAAUGGUCCUGGCUGUCAGACCCAGAGCUGUUGUUGACUAUUUACAAAUCUGAUCAGGAGCUCAUGCUGGUACUGUUACUUGACUCAGCACACAGAACAUGUGUCUGAUCAUUCUCAACCAGCCUUUGGAAAAAGACUACCUGCACACACAGAAGUGUCGGUUGAUAGAGACAGCAGAUCAGGAACUGACUGACUUCACUAAAUGUCCGGCCAUCAUGGAGAGGGAGAUCAAAAAGACACCGCUUCAGGGCAGGCGACACAGGUUGGGAGUGAAUCUAGCACUGGAGGGGAGAUGGUGCAGUCGAAUAGCUAUAGGAGGACCAUGCAGAACACACACCACUGGACUCAAAUGGAUCCUGGACAACCAGGUUCUGCAGUUCGGGAGGCUGGUGAACACGUCCAACACCUACGAGCCCGUCAGCCAGGGAGACCAGAGGAAGCCUGUAACCGUGACUACAGACCAGCCGUUGCUCUGGAGCAUGGGCAUCUGCAGGGACAAGAAAUUACAUAAUCGACCAGGGUGCUCCACCCUCUGCCAGCACGGGGGGGGGGGGGCGGCAUACUCUCAAUGGUGGAUUGUAGGGUGCAAGUCUACGGUUUGGAACCCAGCACCUUAA